ACUUACUUUUUUCCGGCAGUCCUUCAAAGCAGCAUCUCACGAGAACCCCCGCGCGACUCGCGUUCCUCCCUUCUAGACUUGUACUAAUGGCGGCGUCCGUGUGCCGAGUCGGGAGUACCGUGGGUCGAACCCUCGCCAAAACCCGCAGCCCCAUCUUGCUGUCUCUGAGGCGUGGACAGGCCUCGGUCAGCUAUGCUCAGAGCCUGUUGGGAGCCCCUGAGACCCGCCUUACUGCUCUGGACAAUGGCUUGAGGGUUGCCUCCGAGGAGACUGGACAUGGCACAUGCACUGUUGGGCUCUGGAUCAGUGCUGGUAGUCGCUAUGAGAGCGAGAAAAAUAAUGGAGCAGGCUUCUUCUUGGAGCAUAUGGCUUUCAAGGGCACCAAAAAACACCCCCAGACAGCCCUGGAGCAGCAGGUGGAGUCCAUGGGUGCUCACCUGAGUGCCUAUACCUCCAGAGAGCACACUGCUUACUACAUGAAGACCCUGUCCAAAGAUCUACCUAAAGCUGUGGAGCUGCUGUCGGAGGUGGUGCAAAGCAGCUCUCUGAGUGAGGCCGACAUUGAGCAGCAAAGGGGUGUGGUACUGCGUGAGCUGGAGGAAGUCGAGGGCAACCUGCAGGAUGUUUGUCUGGACCUUCUGCAUGCCACAGCCUUCCAGGGCACCCCGCUGGGACACAGCGUCCUUGGACCAUCCAGCAAUGCCAGGAGUCUCACUCGUCAGGAUCUGAUGGAUUACAUCAACAGCCACUACAAGGCUCCUCGCAUUGUGCUGGCUGCUGCUGGAGGUGUGAACCACGAGGAGCUGGUUGGAUUGGCCAAGACUCACUUCAGCGGAGUUUCUUUUGAGUAUGAGGGUGAUGCCGUCCCUGUGUUGUCCCCCUGCCGUUUCACAGGCAGUGAGAUCCGUAUGCGUGAUGACGGUCUGCCUCUGGCGCACAUUGCCAUUGCUGUGGAGGGCGCCAGUGCUGCCAGUCCAGACAUUGUGCCUCUCAUGGUGGCCAACUCUAUCAUCGGCAGCUAUGAUAUCACCUAUGGCGGUGGAAAGCAUUUGAGCAGUCGUCUGGCCCGCCUGGCGGUGGAGGAGAACCUGUGCCACAGCUUCCAGGCCUUCCACUCCUCCUACAGCGACACCGGCCUGCUGGGCAUUUACUUUGUGACCGACAAGCACCAUAUCGACGACAUGAUGCACUGGUCCCAGAACGCCUGGAUGAACCUGUGCACCACAGUGACAGAGAGUGAUGUAGCCAGAGGCAAGAACGCUCUCAAGGCCAGCCUGGUGGGACAGCUUAAUGGAACAACGCCAAUUUGUGACGACAUCGGCAGACACAUCCUGAACUACGGCCGUCGUAUUCCUCUAGCAGAGUGGGAUGCACGGAUCGAUGCUGUCACCCCCAGGAUGGUACGUGACGUCUGCUCCAAAUACAUCUACGAUAAGUGUCCCGCUGUGGCCGGUGUCGGCCCCGUCGAGCAGCUACCCGACUACAACAGAAUGCGCAGUGCCAUGUACUGGCUGAGGUUCUAGGGUAUCCAUCAUUGUGUUGCUCCAUGUGUGUUCCGCGUUCGCUCCUCAUCUUCCUCCUCAAGCCCGCCCCUCCCUCCCUCUCACCGCCCACUAAUCACCGUUAGUUAGUUAUGAGGGGGGGGCAGUCAGUCUGCACGUUCUGAAUGUUGAGUUUCGCUGUAAUUAGCAAUGAUUAUCAAUGAUUACCUCUUGGAGUGUGUUACACAGGCACCUGUUAUUGCCCGGUACUGACUUCUAGGUGGGAGAGGGGGGGCGGCUUUUGAAUAUUAAACAGUCCAUCUACACUUAAAUCAGGACACAUCAAUGCAACCACUCUGUGGAGCAGAAGUAUAUUUAUAAAUCGCUGUAACAUUUUGUUUCUGUCCUCUAUUGUACAUAACAGAAGCUCUCAUUCUGACAAAAAUAAAAAACUGUAAAACAUC